UUAUUUUUACAGCGCACGGAAUUUCUUCUCUCCAGAAAUCCCAUAGAAGCUUUGAGAGAGUUCUUACGCUGACGGCGGCAAUGAGCGCUGCCGAUGAAGACCUACCUCGCCGGAACCCUAAAUUACCCGAAGACACUGUCUUCUACUCCAUCUAUCCCGAUGAAAUUUCAUCUUCCGCCCCGCUUCCAACCGCCGCGGCCACCCUCCAUUCUCUGCUCCUUCGCUUCCAAUCCCUCCUUACCCCACUUCUGUCUAACUACAUCUGGCAACAUGAGCCGUUCCUCCUAUCCACCGCCGCCUCCUCGUCCGCCUGCCGCUUAUGCGGCUCCCCUCCCAUGCCUCACCUUCACGGCAAGACUCGCUUCGGCGACAACCUAGAGGACGAGUGGUUCAUCGUUUUCCUCCUCUUCGAGAUCUCCCGCUCAUUUCCUUCCCUCUCCAUCCGUGUUUGGGACUCCGACGGCGAGUUCCUUCUCAUCGAGGCUGCCUUCUCCCUUCCUCGUUGGCUCAAUCCCGACUCCAGUCCUAACCGCGUUUUCAUUCGCGCUGGCGACCUUCACAUCGUCCCCAAGUCUAUCUUCUUAUCCACCCCUUCCCUCGCCUUUUCCCUUGAAGCCUUGAGGAACCCCGAUAUCGACACCAAAGCCUCGAGUUCGGUCCAAUCCGUUCUGAAGAAGAGGAUAUCGGGUUACCCAGAGAAAGCAAGGACAAAUAUGCACAGAGUUGUCGUUAUUGUUCCGCUUCAAGUGGCGCAGGUUCUAAAGCACGAGCCUUGCCUGAUUUCUCUGGCGGUGGAGGGAUUUUAUGACCGGGACGUGGAUUCAAUGAAAUAUGCUGCAAGAAUGGAGAAAUUCUUGAGGACCGAAAAGGCGGAGCAAGAGAUCGAGAUGGUUAGGGUGUCGGUGGAGAUGUCGAGGGCCAUGUUUGCGCAGCUAGUUCAGCAGAGGUUCCAGGCGCCGAAGUGCUACCCAAUGCCAGGGAGGGAGGAGGGGCAAACUGCUUAUAAGGAGGCGGAGGUUGGGAUGAAGAUUGCUUGCGGAUUUGAGAUGAUGUAUCAGGAGAGGAAAAGAGACGGGAAGGAAGGCAAGGGGAGUACUUGGGAAGCCUAUAGGGAGAGUUUGGAGAGGAGCGGAUAUUUUGAUGGGAUGCUACCGGGAUCCAAGGAGUACCAGCGAAACAUGGAUAGCGCAUUAGAGUACUACAGAAGCAGUGCUUUAUUUUCUCGAACAAGGGAUAUAAUGACUGCUCCUGUGAAAAGGAUUGAUGAAAUACUGUCCUCAGUAUGUUCCAUACAUGAUUUCAAUGACAUGCAUCUUCUUCCCUCAGAUGAUGAUUCCUGGUUGUAUAAUGGAGAAGAUGAGUUAAAUUCAGCCUUGUUGGAGAGGCAAAUUGAGAUGGAAGAUUAUGAGUUGAAACACAGUAAAAAUAAGACACCAGGGCAACAGGUUACAGGCUGUAGUUCUCAGACAAAUGAUUUUAAUCUUAAGGAUGUUGCAGAAUCUAUGCAAGCUUUUGUUAGAAAAGUUUCAAGCUUUGAGGGAGCUGAGGUUCCUCAUGACUGGUCAAAGGAUGUAAAGCUUGAUGCUGAAUUGUUUCUGAAAGAAAUGGAAUCAGUUCUUGGGCCUGCACCGCAAGAAGGAAAUUCAAUUGAUGCUGAUUUAGAAGAACUUAACUCAUCUUCAGAUAUGGAUUUUGAAGAUUCAGAAGAAGACAGUGAUAUUGGUGAAGGGACUCCAUAUGAUGACACUGAAGAUACUUUUAUGCAGUCUUACUCUGAUGCUCUCAAUCAGGAACUAAGCUCUACGGUUUUGGAGAAAAGUUUUAUUCGUGCCCCAAGACAGUCCAACAUGGAGGAUGAGGGCACAUCAUACUCUGGGAAGCACAGAGAUGAAGAAGAUCUUACACCUGUUGAUGUGGACAUGAACCUAGUGCAAAGCUUCCUUGAUUCCUUCGCAUCUCAGAAAGGUCUUCCAGGCCCUGCCUCAAACCUGCUUGGACUCAUGGGCUUGGAAGUUCCAGCUGACGAGAAAAAAAUUUGAUCUACUAUUAUGGUAUCUCUCAAGUUAUACUUUUUUUUUCCCUAUCAAAAGCUCUGUCCUCAUUGCCAGGAAUGUUUGAUAUAUUAUUGUAUUGGACAGUAGUAUAAGUUUUUCUAAAUAGUUAUAUUAUUAUAAUAAGUAUAGUCAUUUUACUCUUAACAA